UCCCCCCCCCCAGUCCUCCUCUCUGGCUGCUGCUGCUGUGGCUCCUCCAUCCAGUCUGAUAGAAUGAGGGUCCUCCUCCUGAUCCUGCUGCCCCUCACCUUGGCCCAGAGCCUCUCCCUGCCGCCCCCCGAUGAGCUGCUGAUGGACGGGGUGGCCCUCUUCUCCCGGGGAGACUGGUCCGGGGCCCGGGACCGGCUCUGGGGGGCCCUGCGGAGCCUGCGGGAGGUGCGGGGGGCCCGGCUGCGCUGCGGGGAGGAGUGCGGGCCCCGGGGGGCCCAUCUGGAGGAGCUGGUGCUGGAGAGGGCCGACUGCCUGCUGAGCUGCGAGAAGCUGCAACUGGGGCAACCUUCCCUCUACCGACUGACCCCGGAGACCGAGAAGAUCUUCCUGAGGGGGGCGCCCUACAACUACCUGCAGCUGGCCCACUACAAGCUGGAGGAGUUGGAUGAAGCUGCAGCGGCCGCGUUCACUUUCUUCACGCGGAAUCCUCACCACGAGCAGAUCCAGGAUGAUCUCCGACGUUACCGAAGAAUGAAAGGCGUUCAACAGGAGAGUCUGCGAGAUUUGGAGGAGCCGCCACACAGGGCGCUCUUCUCCCAGGCCCAGUCUUUGCUCUCUGAGGGGAAAAUGGCCCCCGCGGUAUUGAAGCUGGAGGAGUCGUUAUCCGCCUGUCUGUCUGCGCUUCGCGCUUGUCGUACCCUCUGUGAGGGAACCCGGGAGAAGGAGAACCAAACCCACCAAGAGAUAUCCGAGGUGAUUGCAGAUUAUUACACUCGGGUGUUACAAUGUAAGCAGCGCUGUAUUGUAGACGUCUCCUUGGCGCCGGGGCGCAAACGUCCGAAACAAGAUUCCAUCGUCUCUCACCUGCGAUUGCUGCAGGACAGCUACUCCCAGCUCAGAGAAUGGGAGUCGGCGGCAGAGAUCGCACGAUCGUUAUCACUCUUCCAUCCCCGGGACCAAUCUCUUCUAAAGAAUCUGCAGAGCUAUGAAGAGAAACUCGGAGGAAAGUCCGGAGGGAAACCACGAGAGAGCAUCGCGUCGUACGUGCGCCAGACUCUGGCAGAGAAGAAGCUCUUGUAUUACGCCAUGGAAAACCUGGACAUCCCAUUCCAGGAUCAGGAUGUCUGGACUCCGGAAGAGAUCGUCCCAGAGAGUCUCCGGGAAAGAGUCAGGGCGGAGCGGACGGCAGCGGAGGAGGCGGGGGGAGAUCUGCCCUAUGAGGAGGUAUCUGUCACACUUACCCCAAGACAGAUGAAUGGAACAGUCCGGGUGACUCUGGAUGGGGUCCUUAGUAAGGAGGAGUGCGAGUCUCUGCUCAGUCUGGUUCAGGAAGCUGAAGCCUCAGGAGACGGGUUUAAGGCUAGACGCUCAUCUUAUACCCCGAAAGAGAAGUUCCAGGCCCUGACUGUUCUGCGAGCGCUAGAGAUGGCAUCGGCGGGAUCGGUGGACACCACCCGGGCGCACCUUUUCUAUUACGCCGGGGAGCGAGCUCACGUCCUGGCGCAGUCGUAUUUUGAAACCAGCCCUCUGCAUUUCUCCUACACUCAGCUGGUGUGUCGGACGGCCAUUGAAGGGGAGCAGGAAGGUCGCUCAGACGCCAGUCACCCCGUCCAUGCUGAUAAUUGUAUUCUGGACACGGAGGAGAAAGCUUGCUGGAAGGAGCCCCCUGCGUACAUCCACAGAGACUACAGUGCGAUGAUUUACCUGAAUGACGACUUCCAGGGAGGAAAUCUCUUCUUCACAGAGCUGGAUGGGAAAUCCGUCACCGCGGAGGUCCGGCCUCAGUGUGGCCGCCUGGUGAUGUACGGCUCCGGAGGGGAGAACGCCCACGGGGUGCGGGCGGUGACCGCGGGACGAAGAUGCGCCAUCGCGUUGUGGUUCACGGAGUCGGCAGAACAAGCAGAGCAGGAACGACAUCAGGCAAAGAUUCUGGUAAAAGGCGACACCAAUCCGAGAGAGGAGAAGGAGAAGGAGACGCCGCGGGCGGGGAGAGAGACCACCAGAUCGCGGAUCUCCUCAAACGACGAUGAGCCUGAUAGGCCGUCCGGCCGGCAGCAGAGGAGAAGAACCACGAGAAAUAUUAAAGAUGAACUUUGAGAUUUGGCGCAAGAGACUGCAGAGCGCAGAGACUUUUCCCGGCUCCCUGGGGCAGAGCGGCGAGGGUUAAUAGAGCGCCGAAGGGGGGGCGGAUCCUGGGUGGGGAUUAUGGGUAAGGUGAUGGAAAAGAUGUUAAAGGAGAACUCCAGACAUGACAAUUUGUACAUAAAAUGACCUCCUAAGAGAACCAAAACUGUGCGGGGGAGGGGCCAUGUAAUACGGGCGUGGCCCCUUUACCGCGGUCUGCGCCAAAAUCAUAAACGCUUCGGUACCGGUCCUGACACGUGUGCCGGAUUCAGGUAAUUCCUGCUACCUCCACUUUUAGAGUCUGUUGCUAUGACGAUGACAGAUCACCACCAGUUUACAAAUAAGCAAACCAGCGGUAAUUAACACCGGCUCUCCAUUGGCAUACAGGGAUGAGUCAUCGGUUGCUAUGGUGCCAGCGGCUGCCGGCCUCAUAGCAACCAAGGAGCCCUGUAUUGGAAGCUGUGCCCUUAGACCCACAACAAAAAUGCCAGGUGCCGGGGGCGGAGUGACAUGCAUUGGGGGCGUGGCCUGGCUUCCAUACACAUCCUUACAGGGUUUUGCUGUGGUGUGCGACUUUUAAGACUUCCAGUACCUACAACCGGUGCACUUCGUCAGCAAGGGACUGAGUAUGGAGUGACCGCGGUGUGGACACGCCGGUGCUCAGAGUCGGCCGUUUUAUGCUUGGAUGUUGUCAUGAAGAUGACAGCUUACCACACAGGGCUCCCUGGUUGCUAGGAAGAUGGCAGCCGCUGGCAUCAUAGCAACCUGUGACUUGUCCCUGACCCUCAUCAGCUGCUAGCCAACAGUCGAAAGGCAACAAAGGGGCGGGAUUCUGAUGACAUCAUAAACUGGCAUUCCCACACCUUAUGUUUGUAUAUCUAUUUUUCGGCAUUGGUUGCUAUGAUGGUAUCGACUUUGCAGCUGAAUGGGGCCAGGGAUGAGUCAUUGGUUGCUAUGAUGCCAGCGGCUGCCAGCUUCAAAACAAACAGGGAUCCCUUGUGUGGGAAGCUGUCCACUUUGUUAGCAAGGGGCUGAGUAUGGAAUGACGCCGUGUGGACACCCCGGUGCUCACGCGCUGUUUACCACACAGGGCUCCCUGGUUGCUAUGAAGCCGGCAGCCGCUGACAUCCUAGCAACCUAUGACUUGUCCCUGGCCCUAUUUAGCUUCUGGCCAGGGACUCUCCUGAAUGAUAGCUGAAUGGAGAGAAGCCAUCCGUUGCUAUGAUGGUGUCAGCUGUGCAAUGGGGCCAGAGAUGAGUCAUUGGUUGCUAUGAUGCCAGCAGCUGCCAGCUUCAUAGUGACCAGGGAGCUCGGUGUGGGAAGCUGGGCACUUAGCAAGGGUCUAAGUAUAGAAUGACCAAGCUGAAGCUGAAUGGAGACAAGUUAUCUGUUGCAAUGAUGGUGUCGGACGUUCAGCUGAAUGGGGCCAGGGAUGAGUUAUUGGUUGCUAUGAUGCCAGCGACUGCCAGCUUCAUAGCAGCCAGGAAGCCCUGUGUGGGAAGCUGUGCAAUUAACAAGGUUCUUAGCAUGCACGGAGUAUGGGCACACUGGUGAUCAGAGUGGGGCAUGAAUAUGACAGUUUACCACAAAGGACUCCCUGGUUGCUAUGAAGCCGGCAGCCAUUCAGCGUCUGGCCAGGGAAUCUCCUGAAUGAUAGCUGAAUAGAGAGAAGCCAUCCGUUGCUAUGAUGGUGUCGGCUAUGAAAUGGGGCCAAAGGUGAGUCAUCGGUUGCUAUGAUGCCAGCGGCUGCCAGCUUCAUAGCAACCAGGGAGCCCUGUGUGGGAAGCUGUCCACUUUGUAAGCAAGGGGCUGAGUAUGGAAGGACUGUGGUGUGGACACGUUGGUGUGCAGAGUGGGGCAUUAAUAUGAUAGUUUACCACACAGGGCUCCCUGGUUGCUAUGAAGCUUGCAUCUGCUGGCAUCAUAGCAACCUAUGACUUGUCCUUGGGCCUAGUCAGCUUCUGGCCGAUAGCUGAAUGGAGAGAAGUCAUCCGUUGCUAUGAUGGUGUCAGCUGUGCAGCUGAAUGGGACCAUGGCUGAGUCAUCGGUUGCUAUGAUGCCAGCGGCUGCCAGCUUCAUAGCAACCAGGGAGCCCUGUGUGGGAAACUGUGCACUGAAAAAAGGGGCUUAGCAUGCAUGAGUAUGGAAUGACCGCAGUGUGGACACGGAGGUGCCCAGAAUGGGGCUUGAAUAUGACAGUUUACCAUAGAGGGCUCCCUGGUGGCUAGGAAGCCGGCAGCCGCUGGCAUCAUAGUAACCUAUGACUUGUCCCUGGCUCGGCGUCUGGCCAGGGAAUCUCCUGAAUGACAGCUGAAUGGAGAGCAGUCAUUGGUUGCUAUGAUGGCGUCGGCUGUGCAGCUGAAUGGAGGGAAGUCAUUGGUUGCUAUGAUGGCGUCGGCUGUGCAGCUGAAUGGGGCCAGGGUGGGUCAUUGGUUGCUAUGAUGUCAUCUGUUGCCAGCUUCAUAGCAACCAGCCCUGUGUGGGAAGCUGGGCACCUAGCAAGGGGCUGAGUAUGGAGUGGUGGCGGUAUAGACACGCCGGUCUCAGUUCCGCCCCCUCCUCUCCAGGUGAGAGAGCUGUGUACCUUUCCCUGACAGGUAGAUGGAUUGGUGAGGAAAUGUCCCCGGCACUCUCUAUGAUUCCUCCACAUGGUGCCUCCAUUCCUAGAACUGACGGCUAUCUCCUCAUUUUGUACCCCUCUUUGGCAGCGCCCCCGUAGCAUGUAGUAGCUGAGGAAGUUUGAACCAUCUAAAAAUAAAAAGGGGUCCCAAUAAUGCAGAAGGACCUUCCCUUUGUAUAAGCCGCGCUGUAUGGAGGGGGGAGGGGCACAGACACAGGUUGGCCCUCAUUCAUUUGCAUUGUAAAGCGGCUUCUCCAUCUCUCAUAUUGUGUGGCUUUAGCCUUACAUGCUGUUUUGCACACGCAGCGCUGCAGCAGCCAAUUGGCUUAUUCUGUAAGCAAUAAAAGGAGCAAAAUGUAGAAACCAAUAAAGUUUACUUUACAGAAACCUCAGGAAAACAAAA